AAUGCUCCCAGACCUCAGAGAUAAAACUCGGUUAGUCUUGCCAAUCAUUAAAAUCAAACGCACCAUCGAGCAUUGUUAAUGUCUCAAGAAUUGUCGCUGUUAUCUUCCUGACUGCGAGCAGACCAGCUGCUACGGAUACAAAGGGAAAUCUGAACGCUCGCUCCCUUCUACCCACUCUUCAGCAGAACUGCCAGAUGACGGACAAGUUACUUCAUCCAACCAGACUCAAGCAGUUGUAAAGAAUACACCUUGGCUCUAGGAAAUCAUUGGCUGCUCUCUGGGGAGUGGAGGGUGUUCAGUUAUUAAUGACCGCUGAGCAGGCAGUCCGAUGUCAAUGUGACAACUGAUAGUGUGAAUCAUGCACCACUAAGGACUCCGAAUACGAGGGGAAAUAUAAGGGAGCUUAGCAGCAUUUCCAUAUACUGGAUUGUCAGCCUUGGCUCGACAGCAGAGCCACUGCAAACAAUACAAACAGAUGCUUAUUGUUAGGGCACAGCUCAAGUAUUGCUGCAUAUCCGAGAGCAGGAUACAUGCUUCUGAACACCCUCUCUGUCUGAAAAAGACCGUUGCUCACAAGCUCUGGGGAAUCCAAGCGCAUUUAAAUAGAUGCUUGUGGAUGUAAAGGUGAUCCGAUGUUAUUUUAAUGCCUCUCUAAAAAAGAUGCUCAGGAAAAAUGGGCAGACUAUAGAAGAAUAAAUGAAGUGCAUAAUAUAUUUGCAGAAUUUUCUGUGAAAUUACCCAGUUUAUCACUUUCACAGUAUCAAGGAUUGAACAGCCUUACAUGCAUGGCAUCUUUGGACAGGGAAAUUGAAAGUUUACUCCCUCCCUUCAAGGAUAGAAUCUGCCACUCACAUGAAAUAUAUAUAACACAGCAAAUGUUCAGCGCUUGGUAACAAAUGAUCUGGUGAUUAAGCUUAACAGCAGUAAUUGCAGAAUCCUUAAACACCUAUUAUUAGGCAGAAGAAACCAUUUCAGGAUGAAGGACACAUCAUUCAAUGCCUAUGUUUUUAUUGGGCUUGCAGUCACUGCAAUAGUACAAACAGUAGAAAGAAAUAUGGACUGUCCAAAGUCCUGUAUUUGUGAAAUCAGACCAUGGUUCACACCAAGAUCUAUUUAUAUGGAAGCUCCUACAACAGAGUGCAACAAUUUAAACCUGGCUUCACUUCCUCUAAGGAUAUCAGCUGAGACACAAGUUUUGCUACUGCAGAGUAACAACAUUUCAAAAAUCGAGAUCAAAAUAGACUAUUUGGUUAAUCUUACAGAACUCGACUUAUCUCAAAACAAUUUUUCAGCAAUCUGUGACAUCAACCUGGGAAAAAUGCUCCAGCUAAUGUCACUACACCUGGAGGAAAACAAACUCAAAGAGUUGCCUGACAGCUGUUUGCUUGGACUCAGCAACCUACAGGAACUUUAUGUUAAUCAUAACCAGAUUUCCAGCAUUGCAAUGGGAGCAUUUGUAGGCCUAAAUAAUCUUCUUAGAUUGCAUCUUAAUUCUAACCAAUUAACAACAAUUAAAAGCAGCUGGUUUGAUACUAUCCCAAGCUUGGAGAUUCUAACAAUAGGAGAAAAUCCCAUCACUAAAAUUCAAGCCAUGAGUUUCAAACCCCUCAUCAAUUUGCGGAGUUUGGUCCUAGCUGGAAUUAAGCUUUCAGAACUUGGGGACAAUACAUUAGUUGGCCUAAACAAUUUAGAAAGCAUCUCUUUUUAUGACAACAGACUUGUCACCGUGCCCCAUGCAGCUCUUCAGAAAGUACCCAAUCUCAAAUUCUUGGAUUUGAAUAAAAAUCCUAUUCAGAGAAUACGGCAAGGGGAUUUCAGAAAUAUGUUGCACUUGAAAGAGCUAGGCAUUAAUAAUAUGGCAGAACUGGUUUCUAUUGAUUGUCUUGCUCUCGACAAUUUGCCUGAACUAACAAAAAUUGAAGCAACAAACAACCCAAAGCUAUCAUAUAUCCAUCCAAAUGCAUUCUACAGAGCUCCCCAACUUGAAACAUUAAUGCUUAACAGCAAUGCACUUAGUGCUCUCUAUAGAGGCACAGUGGAAUCUUUACCUAAACUGCAGGAAGUCAGCAUUCAUAGCAAUCCAAUCAGAUGCGAUUGUGUCAUUCGGUGGAUUAACAUGAACAAAACACACAUUCGAUUCAUGGAACUACAGUCUUUGUUUUGUUUUGACCCACCUGAAUUUAAAGGUCAGCAUGUCCGACAGAUUCCCUUCCGAGAAAUGACAGAUAUGUGCCUUCCAUUAAUAGCUUCUGAAAGCUUCCCUUCUGCUGUAAAUUUAAGCAGUGGGAGCUCAGUCUCUCUGCACUGUCGAGCUACAGGACUACCAGAGCCUGAAAUCUACUGGAUCACACCAUCUGGUGACAAACUUCUGCCUAAUACUUCAACCAAUAAAUACAACAUGCAGCUUGAAGGAACACUGGAUUUAUUUAAUGUAAGCAACAAUGAAACAGGCUUGUACACAUGUCUGGCCCACAAUCUGGUUGGAGCAGAUUUGAAAACAGUUCUUAUAACAGUGAAUGGCUCAUUUGCACAAUCCAUGAAUGAAUCUCUGAAUAUCAAAAUAAAAAAUGUGGCAUCACAUUCUAUCUUGGUGUCUUGGAAGCCUGUUUCAAACUGUAUAUCAACAAAUAUUCAAUGGUCUGCAAACAUGAAUUCUGACAGUCCUGAACUUACCUAUACAGCCAGAGUUCCAAUAGAUAGACGUACAUAUAAUCUAACGCAUUUGAACCCAUCAACUGAGUAUGAGGUAUGUGUUGACGUAACCAACAUUCAUCUACAAACUGAAAAGAAAUGUGUCAAUGUCACAACAAAUGGAUUGGAGUUGGCUGUAAAAUCAAAUGGACAGAGUACAACCUCAGCACUUGUGGCAGUUCUUGGUGUAACCUUUGGUGUCAUUAGCAUGACAUGUCUCUGCUCUUAUGCGACUUGGAGGGUGAAGUAUAAUUCCAGCCGCAGCUGUUCAGAAAAGUACAUGCCGAGUAAAGCAAUAUUUCCAUCAAACAACUUCUACUCUCCAAUUAUCAAUAUUUGGGACACAGCAAAAGAGAAGAAAGGACCACUGGAAGUUAAAGCCACGGUAAUAGAUGUAUCAGCAACCUGUUCGUAAAUUUUUUAAGAAGUGAUGUUCAUGAAAGCUUGUUACAACUGGACUGCUUUUAAAUGUUGGAUACAAAGGAACAAGAAGAAAAGCACAGGCCCUGCUCAUGAUACUUGCAGGAAACAGGAGGAGACCCCUCUCCUAUACUGUGCAUGCUGUAUGAUGGACAGACAUACACCAAACUAAUAAAGACAAGGCAAAGAUAUGGAUUGGUGUGAGUGUCCUUUUGAGAAUAGCGACUUUCAAAAGAAACAAUCAUCACCAGCCAACAUAAGUUGUAACAGCCUAACAUAUUUUCUGUUAAUGUUAAACUGCUCGACACAGUCAAACGAUAUGGUACAAUGGCACAGUGAUGCUAGGUAAAGGUUAAAAGUAUUUUUCCUGUAUUUAACUAUGUAAUGUGUAAAGUAGUGGACUGUCAUAGUGGUCUCCAAGCAAUACCUCCUGUCCUGUUUUACACAAUACUUUAGCUGGCAGUUGUUUAGAAGGUGGGCAGUUUAAAAUAGAAUGCCACAUGUGGUGUUAGUGAAUGGAAACAAUCUGUUAGAGUAGAUCACACGGUGAGUAAAAUCAUAUGUGAAAUUGAUUUUUUUGGAACAAAAUUAACAUUUUUGAAUAAACUUACAAUUAUGUCUGGUUUCCUUUUAAAUUCAAGUGUUAUAAGUAUUUUUUUCAGAACUGGAAGUGUGUUGUGAAUAGUUACAAGAAGUCUUUUUUUUAAUGCAAGGAGAUAAACAGGAAUUUCAGUUUCACCUAAUGGGCAGAUAUUUCUGCACUAGUGUCAGAUUUGUGCAUGUUUUUGUUUGUUCUUCAGGUGAAAUGAGGCUUUUUUUUUCAUUUACUAAACUUCAUCCACAUUUUAAACUAAUUUUUGACUUUAUUCAUUUUUAUUGCUCAUGAACUCAGAAACAUGCCUUUCUUAAUCAGCAAUUUAGCAAAAGCCGAAGUUUUCAUACAUAUCAUUUCAGGAUCUAACAUUGAAUUUUUAUCUAAUUAUUUUGUAGUCAGGUUGGUUUUCUUCACAUUCAGUGUGCUGUUACAUUAUUGGAGAAAUGAAAACUGAAGCAAUAUGGAGAAGCAGCUUCAAAAAUGUCUGGUAAUACUGCUGAUUUGUAUCUUAACAAUGCUAAUGUCUUUUCCACACGAAAAAAUAUCAGAAAAUUGAUAAAUCACCAUCACACACAACAUGACACUUGAAUUUAUCAGGUAGACUUGAUCAUGCAUCACCACAGAUUUCAGCAUCUUGGAAAAAGCUUCCAGUGCUAGGCGAUUUGUCAAAGGCGAGAGUACAACCCAUUACAAUGCAGGUAUUGAACAGAUCAGCAGGAACCUGCUCAUGUAUCCAACAUGCUUCUCUAAUUCUCUCUUGUAUUUAGUCACCAUUAAUAGCGGAGUUCAAAAGCUACAAAAUGACAUCUGUUUGACACAUCACUUUUUAUGAGUAAAACAGGAUACUGCAGUAAAACAUUCCAUGACAAUCACUUAAAAUUACCAAAGAUAUAUAUUUACACAAAAUAAAUUUCACAAAAUUUUAUUGUUUUAUAAGAGAGAUACAAGCAAAGCUCAUGCAAGUUACAUUAUAAAUGUAGGCCAGCAAAGUGAGGCAUCAUGGGGGAAUGGGACUUCCAAUAAGUGAAGACACAGGCAAUAGUUUUUGAAUGACUUCAAAUUUACAGAUGGUAGAAUUUGGGAGGCUGGCCAGGAAGAUUUUGGAAUAGUCAAAUCUGGAGGAAACAAUGGAUCAAGAUUCCAGCAGCAGAUAAGCAGAGGCAGGGGUGAAGUCAGCCAAUUGUAUGGAAGUUAUAAAGGUAGUCAUGGAGAUGGUAUAAAUAAAAGAUUCAAAGCUCAUCUUCACAUCAAGAGUGACGCCAAAACUAUGAACGCAUUGACUUAACCUCGGACUAUGACCAUGAGAGAGAUAGAGUCAGUUGCUAGAGAAUAGUGUUUGGAAGGGGGAAAACACCAUUGUUUGGAAAACAAUGUUCGUCUACCCAAUAAUUAAUUGGAGAAAAUUUCUGUUCAUUUGGUACUGGAUGUUGCACAAGCAGCCUGAUAACUUAGCAACAGUGUAGGUGCUAAGAGGGUUGGUGCUGAGAUAAAGCUGGUAGUUGUCAGUGUAAAUGUGAAAACUAACUGAGCUAAAAAUUUACCCAACGGCACAGACAAACAGAGAUAAUAAGAGAGGGGCACAAGUAGAAAAUGAUUUAUGUUUAUUUUUGUCCAUGGAAAAAUGGACACAAGAGCAACAAAUACAUAAAAGAGACUGUGUGUUCAAAUGUUAAAACAGCACAGAGAUAAACUUAUUAUCAACUCAACUCCAGACACCAAUGGUGAUUGGGAAAUUAUAAUCCAGCAGGAGUUAACUCCUUAGAGGAAAAACUCAGGAAAAGAUGAACAAAGAUCUCUAAGUUUUGACAAUUAGGCAAACCCUCGUUCAUUGAAGGCCAACAUAUUUUAGCAUCAGAUCAGAAAUUUAUUACGGAAAUUUGAUUUGGGUGCUAAUGUGUUUAAUAGGUUUUUCUUGAAGAAUUUUGCAUGAUGUAAACCGAGAUAUGCAAAGCAUAAUUACAUGUAUACAUAAUACAAAAAACACUAAAAAAUAUAAGAUGGGAUAAAUGAUUCGUGUAAGAUCAAUAAUACAGUACAGUAAUGCAGCCUACGUGCCCUCCCAAAAUCAAGUUUACUUACAUAUAUAAGUGGUGUGAAUAAUUAAUUAGGACAAGCUCCUUUCUGAGGUUCAGUCAAUUAUAUGAAUCAACCACAAUGUAAUUUUACAAGGAAAGCAUAAGUUUUAAAAGAAAUCAUAUGUAAGUUUUAAAUAUGAAUUUCCAAGAGUCUGGUUUCCUUUCUUUGAAACAUAUGUAACCAUUGAAAACAAAUGAAUGAUGGUAUAAAGUCACUUUGAAGCAGCAGCUGGAGGAAUAUGGAAAUAGUUUGCUUAUGAGUGUGAUCAGCAAUCAUGUUUAUCAAGUGUUGACUAAUUCGCUAGUUAACAAAAUUAUGAGAGUAGCACUAGAGUCACAAGCUCCACAUUGCGUUUUACUUAGUAACUUUGUUAUUGUUUUAGUAAUUAUCUUACUGUUAAAAUUACAGAAAUUAAUUGGAAGGAUGUUGUAAAACUUGAAAGGAUUCAGAAAAGAUUUACAUAGCUUUGGCCAGGGUUUGGAGGGAUUGAGCUAUAUGGAGAGGCUGAGUAGUCUGGGGCUAUUUUCCCUGGAGCAUCAAAGGCUGAGGGGCGACCUUACAGAGGUCUAUAAAAUCAUGAGGAUCAUGGAUAGGGUAAUAGACAAGGUCUUUUCCCUGUGGUAGGUGAGUCCAAAACUAGAGGGCAUGGUAUUGAGGUGAAAGGGGAAGAUUUAAAAGGGAUCUAAGGGGCAACCUUUUCAUACAGAGGGUGGUGCAUGCAUGGGAUGAGCUGCCAGAAGAAGUGGUAGAGGCUAGUGCAACAUUUAAAAGCUAUCUGGAUGCGUAUAUUAAUGGAAAGGGUUUUGACCGAUAUGGGCCAAAUGCUGGCAAAUGGGACUAUAAUUAUUCAGGAAAUGAUUAAGGCAUGAAUGUGUUGGACCAAACGGUCUGUUUCCAUGCUGUAUACCUCUACGCUCUAUAACUUUAAUAGCUGUUUAUUAAAUAACAAUGCAAGUUGUGAAUGAAAAGAUUGAAGAAAUAAGUGUCAACAAUUAAUUCCUGAAGCUGUUUAAAUUGACCUCAUUCAUUAAAGAUUAUUCAGUUUCCUCAGUGCCAAAAUACUUGCUUAGAUCUAUAUCUAAAUACGUCCGGCUCCCUAUAUUUUUCAGUUUAUGAAUGUAUUUUCUAUAUUUGUAUUUGGAAACUGUCCUCAUUACUUUGGCUCAGAGACACACGUUUAGGGUUAUACAUGCCUAUACAUAUGGUGCACGGCCUCAAGUGAGCGAUACAGGCCAUAGUGACAAGAAGAUGCAUGCGAGUGUAAGAUAAGACAAGACCACACACACGCCACAAUGCAAAUGGGAAUCAACAAGCAGAAACAGAUCUUCAUGUACUGACAGCAAUGGUUCACAUUUUAUAUUUUACAUACAAACUGGCCCCAUCUUUCAGAGUGAUUUUUCAAAAAUUCAAAGGUCAAUUUAUACAAUGCAAUUUACAAUAAUUGCUCUUCCAUGAGUCUGAAGAACUCAAAUUUUUCAAUUUGAGAAGUUACAGUUAUACUUACUGUUGUUACGUGCUGCUCCACAAUACUCAAGUGCUAUGCCCUAUCAUCUAGUAGUAUCUCAAGUAACAGACAUUUGUAACAGAGACUUUUUUACUUCUUUCUGCCACUCAAAUAAACUGGUUUUGAAAACUAA